ACAGCAGGUCUGCUCACCCCUCCCCUGAGUAUACCAAAACCUUGGCUGGGGAAAUUAGCAUUUUUUGAGAAUUUCCACAUUUAGUUCCAAUGGUCAACUCCCUCUACCCUUUUGAACUGAAGGAGUUCACACUCCUUCAUCAUGGACAAAGAUGAUGGAUGGACAGGGUGCAAAGAUGAAUUUCUUGGGUCAUCACUGUGUUGAACUGAAGACCCUGAUCUUUUUGUUCUUCAUGAAGCACUUCCUUCAUUUUGUGAUAGCUCAUGUUGAUAUUCAGAUGGAAUAAAGUUUCCAUUCAUUGUGGGACUGAUAGUGUUUGGGGAUUGCAAUGAAACCUUGCAAUCAUAAAAUUUAAACUGGUACUUAACUACAAAGGUCGGCGACAUCAGACCUGCACUGAUGCAGAUCCACCUAAUCCAGUAGCUUCUUCACUUGCUUUACUCCUGGUUGUCCCUGGACAGAUUCCUCAAGUGACUGAAGGCAACGAGAGAUGGAAAGGGCCAACAGCAGCUCCUUGGAGAGCUUUAUUCUGAUGGGUGUAUCUGACCAUCCCCAGCUGGAGAUAAUCUUUUUUGUAGUCAUCCUCUUCUCCUACUUGCUGACCCUUGUUGGGAACUCAACCAUGAUCCUGCUUUCCAGCCUGGAUGCCCGGCUCCACACACCCAUGUACUUCUUCCUCAGUAACCUCUCCUCCCUGGAUCUUGCUUUUACUACUAGCUCAGUCCCCCAAGUGCUGAUCAUCUUGUGGGGAUCAGACAAGACCAUCAGCUAUGGUGGCUGUGUGACCCAACUCAAUGUUUUCCUCUGGCUAGGGGCUACUGAGUGCAUCCUGCUCUUGGUGAUGGCAUUUGACUACUAUGUCGCGGUGUGCUGGCCCCUGCACUACACCACCAUCAUGAACCCCCGGCUCUGCUGGCUGCUGGCUGCCAUUACCUGGUUGGGUGGCUUGGGCAACUCUGUGGUCCAGUCAACCUUCACUCUGCAGCUCCCUUUGUGAGGGCACCAGAGGGUGGACAGCUUCCUGUGUGAGGUGCCCGCCAUGAUCAAACUAGCCUGUGGAGACACAAGUCUCAAUGAGGCUGUGCUCAAUGGUGUCUGCACCUUCUUCACCACUGUCCCAUUAAGCAUCAUCCUGACCUCCUACUGCUACAUAGCUCAGGCAGUGCUGAAGAUCCACUCGGCCAAGGGACAGAGAAAGACCUUUAACACGUGCCCCUCUUAUCUGGUGGUGGUACUCCUCUUUUAUGGCUCAGCUAUCUAUGGGUAUCUGCUUCCAGCUAAGACCAGCAACCAGGACAAAUUCAUUUCCCUCUUCUACUCUGUGGUCACACUCAUGGUGAACCCUCUCAUUUACACUCUGAGGAACAAGGAGGUGAAGGGGGCGCUGAGGAGGCUGCUGGGGAAGUCAGCUGAAGGAAGGGAAAACUAUCAUUUACCACCUCUUCAUCUCUACAAGUUUUUUCUCAUUCUCUCUGGCCAGGUGAACAUGAGGAGUACUGACCGCAGUACAAGCAUGUUCUUGACAGCACUAAGCUGUUGGUACAUGGUUAAUUUUUCUCGUCUGGAGGACGGUAAUAGUACUGGCUUCAUAGGAUUGGUGUGA